UGACAGAUUUGCCCUAUGGGGAAUCCAACCUGAAACUAUCAACUGGAGAUGUUAUUACUGUGCCAAAAAUCAUCCUAAACAGUAUUAGAUCUCAUGUUAUUGAUCAGUAUUUAAGUUACUGUGAUGAAACCCUUUUCCAAGAUAAAGCCAGUUAUAGUUCAUACAUGCGUAUUCUUCAUUCUGUGGGACCAACUGUUCGCAGAUCUAUGAAAGGACUGGACAACUAUGCUGCAGAUCAUGGCUCCAAAGCAAUUGAGACAUUGCAGAAAGCUGCGGAAUUGUUUUGUAGAUUGGGGAAAGGAAAAUGUUGGCUAGAUAACAUUUGCAGAGUUCUCUCAACUUCAAAGCAGUACCUUAAACUAGAGUACAAGAUGCAUGUUAUGAAAGACUCUGAAGUGGCAGACCACUGUUGCAGGUAUGCUCUGUCAGAUGGAUCAGAGGAUUAUUCUUCCACAUGCAACCAUUUCCACACAAAUUACUGCAGGCAGUGUGCAGAACUUCAUGAAGUUCUAAUAAAUCUUGUAGAAACAUCAGAGCAAAUCAAAUAUGAAAAUGAAAACCAAAAGGAUGAUAUCAAGUACAUAGUGAGUGAGGGGGUUCGAGCAGUUCAGGAAUGGAAAAAGCAUGUACUUCGGACUGUAAAUCAGAAUGAUGCUCGUAAAGAUAUUCUGGAAAACUUAGAAGAUCAUGAAAUUUUGUUGGAAAGAGAUUGGGCUAUGAAGUUCAUCCCCAUGCAAUACAGGGAGUCACAGUCAAAUUGGUUUGGAAAAAGGGGGUUGAGCUGGCAUAUUACCGUUGGAACCUUCAGAAAUGGAAAAGCCAUGGAAGUCAACACUCACACCAUUAUUCACAUUUUUGAUGCUGCAUCACAGGAUGCCCACACUUCUAAUGCAAUCCUUAAGAACAGCCUAAUGAAUUUCCAAGAAAUGAACCCAUCACUGAAAGACGCAUAUGUAAGAUCUGACAACGCUGGCUGUUUCCAUGGUACUGCAUCCAUAUCUGUGAUGCCAUUUCUUUCCACAAAAAUCAGAUGCAGUCGCAUGGAUUUUGCUGACCCCCAAGGCGGGAAGUCCAUUUGUGAUAGAAAAGCGUCACAUGCUAAGUCAUUUAUCAGACGCUUUGUAAACGAAGGAAAUGAUGUUUGCACGGCCAUAGAAUUCAAAGAUGCUUUACACAAAUCAAGCAUGAAGAAUGUUACAGUGGUAGUGGCACUACCUCCACAGAAAAUUAAUGAAAAGACGGCAGGAAGGGUCCUGAAGAUCCCGAAGAUUACUACAUUAAACAACUUCAGUUUUGAGGAGGGAGGGAAUUUUAGAGUUUGGAGGCAAUAUGGUGUAGGGAAUGGCUGUCUUAUUCCUGCCACUGAUACAGUCAGUGAAGUGGCAGAACUACCAGUUCUUGACAUGUUUGUUAGAUCGACUCAGCAGCCAACUCAUGAUCUGUUUGUCAACACUGUUACUCCAGAAUUUACAUUACCUCCAGAAAACCAUAGCGUUUCACUUCCUGAUGAUGUCAAUAUGAUUCCAACUGAAGAAGUCUUAGAAGUUGAACCUAUGUCAAGGUUGUUUCCAUGCCCUGAGUGUACCAGAACCUUCCAGAAAUAUGGCAAUUUACAAAGACAUUUAGAUGCAGGUUAUCACACUACACCAGUCCAUCCGCAGAUAUUGUCAGACAGAUCAAAGAUUGAGUAUUCCAAACAGAUGGAAAAAAUUAAUGUGAAAACACCUUGUUUAGAAAAUGUGUCAUCAACAAAUCAAAUAGAUCAGCUGAAACAAGGAUAGGCCCUCAAGUCAAGACGAGAAAUAAAAAGAUUCACAUCGUAUCCGAAGAAGUAUUUGGUUGAAAAAUUUGAAUUUGGUGAAAAAAAAGGCCGAAAAUGUUAUCCGGAAGAAAUAGCCCAACAGAUGCGACAUAUAAGUAAUGAUGAUGGCAAAAGGCGAUUUUCUUCGGCAGAAUUCCUUACGCCUUUGCAGAUAGGCAGCUUCUUUAGCCGUCUUGUUCUGCAGAAAAGAAGAGCUGACAAUAGUUUGUAUAAUGAAGAUGAUCUUCAGGCUGAAGGCAUUGAGCAUGAUUUUCAAGAACUUAUGAUGGCUGCAUAAUACUUUAAUGCUCAUAUAUACCAUCACCAUGAAUUUAAUCUUGUCAGUUAACCUUAUGAAAACUGAAUUGUGUAGAUAGGGACAUUUCGGAAUGGUACAUAAACUUUUUGUUUUUAAAAUAUGUGCCUGAAAUUAAUACUUCAAUAACUUCAGUUCUUUCUAUAGUUCACUUCAUUAUCAUAUGCAAAUACAAUGUUAGAGAGAAGUAGAAGUACUUGUCUUGAUUCAGAAAAGAUAUGUUUUGCAUAUGACAGCAUCCUGAAUGAUAUUAUAUACCUUUUUAUUCAACAUAUUGAGGAAAAUGUUGUUUGUUUUUAUAAUCUUAAAGCAAGAUUAUGACCAUUAUAAUUUUUAAAGCAGAUUUUGCCUUGUACAUAAACCUUUAUAAUAAAAGCAAUUAAUACCAGGUACUUGUAUAUAAUAGAAAAUUUGCUCAUGAAAUGCUCAUAAUUGCAUUAUACUAAAAUUUAGUAGAGCAUAAUAAUGUACAUUUUAAAUUUUAAUGCUGUGUUGUUGUGUUAUAUUUUUGACUUUUUUGACUUAAUGAUCAUUUAAAAUAUGUCAAUGUUGAUAAACGAAUGUCUAAUGAUUUAUUACACCAUGUUCUUUUAUAGAGUUAUUUAUUCAUAUUAAUCAGCUAUUGUAAACUAUGAUAACAUGUAGAUUAUUAUAAGUCAUAGAUCAAUAUUAAAUCAAUU